AUGAUUGAAGAGAGACCCAAGGAUACGGAUAAUUCUUCAUCGAAGCCCUCUUCAACUAGCCCUGAAUCAUCCAAACUUUCACCUACAUCGAACAAUAAUCGAAAACUGAAAGAAAAAUCGUCGGAAUCGACCAAGGAUCCAUUCUAUGGGCUCUCGUUCACGGUCGGGGUUGCGGAGAACAAGAAUGUCAACUACAGGGCGACCAUGGAGGACGUACAUACUUAUGUGGCGAACUUCGCCGAGAGACUCGAUUGGGGGUACUUUGCGAUCUUUGAUGGCCACGCAGGCAAGCAAACUGCCAGAUGGUGUGGGAAUAAUCUUCAUACUCUUUUAGAGAAGGAAAUUAUCAAGGCAGAGAAAGCGUGUGCACCUGAGCCAACAGCAGCUUCUCCAGAAAAGACAUCUUCCGGAACAUCCUCAUCCACAUCAACUACAUCACCACCAAAGGAGCCAUCUUCAGUAGACUCGGAAUCUGCUGUCGGUGCCAAAACUUCAAGUUCUGACGACUCCAAUAAGAAAACUCCGUGCAGCAUUGAUUCCUCCGCACCAUUGAGCAAUGAAUCUGACAUGAGAGAGCAUAUGCAUAACGCGUUCGUGAAGGCGGAUGAGUUAAUUCUGAAGGAGCCCACCGGCUCAUCAGGAAGUACAGCGGCAGUUGCGGUGUUAAGAUGGGAAACCGAUAACUCGAAGAGUGGGGCUGAACAGCUACCAACUAAGGAUAAACCCACAAAACUGCAGAAGCCAUCCACCUCUACAUUUGACUUUGUGCCCCAGGCAAACCAUAAGCGUAUGCUAUACACUUCUAAUGUAGGAGACCUGAGAAUUAUACUCAGCCGUAAGGGCAAACCAUAUCGACUUUCAUAUGACCACAAGGCUACAGACGUGAAUGAAAUCAAUCGGAUAAAAGAGUCUGGAGGUUUAAUAAUGAAAAAUAGAGUAAAUGGUGUUUUAGCCGUGUCAAGAUCCCUCGGUGAUUCAUAUAUGAAAGAUUUGGUGAUUGGGAAGCCAUACACAACGGCAACAGAGAUAUGUGAAGAUGACGAAUUUAUGAUAUUGGCGUGCGAUGGUUUAUGGGACGUGAUUUCAGAUUUAAAGGCCGUUCAGUUUGUUGCUAAACUUUUAGAACAAGAGGAUAAUCCAUCGACCAUUGCAAAAAAAUUAUGUCAGUUAGCAAUGGAUUCUUCUACUACUGAUAACGUUACCAUUAUGAUCGUUUUGUUCGAUCGUAGUGUAUUUGCAUUGGGAGAAGCAGUUAAGAAUUUGAAGGUAUAG